GGGGGGGGGGGCACCUGCGCUGCGACUGCGAUGGAAGCCGGAGGCAGCUGCAGCGGCCGAGUAGGAGGAGCGGAGGCGGCGGAGGAGUAUCAGGUGAUGAGCGAGGUGCACCUGGGCUGCCCGCCGGGAUUCUCGGGCCUCCACGUCUCCCGCUUCACCUUCUCCUCACGGCCGCUAGGGCCAUGUGGGGUUUGCGACGGCGAUGGCAGCAGCAAGAGCGAGCUGGUCGCGGCGACGAGCGGUUCUUGUGGUUUGCCUGAUGCUGUUGCCGUGGAUGAAGAUGGAGAUCUCGUUCUCGACCGGAGGAAAAGAAAGAAAGAUGUUCGAAGUGACUACCAUGUGCUCACCAUUCAGCACGGUGUCACCAGCUCGCUCAAGAGCGUUGGGCUUCAGGUUUGGAAAGCGGCCUUGUUAUUAACUGACUUUGUGUUGCACAAAAGCUUCACAUCUUCCGACUUUGAUGGUGUUACUGCCAUAGAGAUUGGAGCCGGAACAGGUUUGGUAGGGUUGAUACAAGCUCGAGUUGCUAGAAGAAUUUUCAUUACAGAUAGAGGAGUUGAUAUCUUGGAUAACUGCUUGGCUAAUGUCCGUCUCAACUCUAGUAUGCUAAAGUUUGACAAAGCUAACUUCUGUGUACGGGAACUGGACUGGAAAAUGUCAUGGCCUCCACCUGUGGGUACAUGUGAUCCAUCUGAUCCAAGUUUAAGGUACUUUUGGUCUGCAAGUGAAAUUGAAGAGGCUGAGAAAGCAACAAUCCUGUUCGCAGCAGAUGUAAUUUACAGUGAUGAUCUUACUGAUUUGUUCUUUGACACAGUGAAGAAAUUGAUGUCCAGUGGUGCUAAGAAGGUGUUAUACUUGGCCCUGGAGAAGAGAUAUAACUUCAGUCUGGACGAACUAGACGUUGUGGCCAAUGGUUACGCGCACUUCAGAAGUUUCUUCACGGUUCAAUAUGAAUGCGGUCAUCGGGACGGUACAUCGAAACCCGGUUUUGUUGGAAAGCAGAUAGACCUUGCAGAGAUUCCUCAAUAUAUCAGAGAAUAUGAGAGGGGCAAGGAUUUAGAGUUGUGGAGGAUUAUGUACACUCUAGACCAAAAACAGCAGUAACCUCUGCAAAAUUCGGAAACCUAGUUUGAGGCAGCUCGUCCGCGUUCGCUCCACAUCAAAAGCAGAACCAGUAGACGAUCCCCGCCACGAUGGCCCAGAAGAGCGCGACGGAGAAGACGACCUGCACCAGAAAAGAAAAGCACCGAAGCGGUUCUGUGGGCACUGGUCAGCUCCCAACAUUAUCGCGCGCUGCAAACUGAGACGGAUGGACCAUGACAUGCGUACCGUGCAAGACGUGCCGCUGGCGGCGGCGCCGGGCCAGGGCUCGACCGGCGCCGCCGCGGCGUCGACGGCGGCACCUCGACGCGCACCGUACGAGAUGUGUCGGAGUCGGAUGAGCUGCCGCUCGGCCUCGGGAACAGCGCUGGGUUGUACAACAUCGGCGGCACUCGGCAGCGGGUGGCAGUGGCGCGCCGGCGGACAGUGGCAGUGAGCCAGUGAUGAUGCAUCGCGCCAUGCGUGUGGUCCUCGUUUUGGAGUUGGGAGUCCGGCUCUGAUUGCGCCUGCCGGCUAACGUAAAACACACGAGUACGCACGCGCGCGACAUAUCGGCGGCGGCGGCGGGUGUGCCCGCCGCGGCCGUCGCCGGCGCCGGUCACGGCAUGCGCGCGCGGCAGAGAGCACCGGAACCUAUACGUGCAAGAUGCAAGACGCGCCGCGCCGCGACUUGAUCGUGUUUGCUUGCCGGCUCGCGGUAGCCAAGUGCUCUGGGCCGUUGCGUGCCCCGCGGGAUUACAAAACGAAAGGGAGUCGAUUUUCGCACCGUCUGAUCCUCUCGAUCGUCGAUCUGUAAACUUUCUUCUUCUCUCUAAUCACAAAUGAAGU